UCUAUAAUCUAGAAUCAUCUUCAUAGCUUCAAUAAAUAAAUAGGGUCACAUGACAUAUGACCUUAAAUAAAUGCAAACCCCUUUUCUGAAAGCCCUAAACCUUGCUCCAUUCACCAUAUCUCAUUACGUUGAAUUCCACAAAGAAGAUUAAGCUGCUCUAUUGGCAAUAUUGUUUGCUGUAUCGUUAGCGCACGGUCACAUGGCGGCAGCAGCAGGGCUUACAGCAGUUGUUAGUACUGUAUCUUCGGCUCCCUUGAAUACCACGGUUCGAAUCCCUGCCAGCUCGAGAAAUGCCUCUUUUCCCUGUAUAAAGAAUCGGCGCAUGAGAGGUGUAUGCAUAAGAGCAGCGGCUCAAGAUGUAGACAUCUCGAAGGUAGUUCCACAAGCGGAUAGGGUUCUUGUUCGUCUGGAGGAUUUACCAGAGAAAUCUGCUGGAGGGGUCUUGUUGCCCAAAGCAGCAGUUAAAUUUGAACGCUAUCUUAUGGGUGAGGUCAUUUCAGUAGGUUCUGAGGCUGAGGCUGGAGUUGUGGAGAAAGGAAAAAAGGUUAUUUUCUCAGAUAUAAAUGCUUAUGAGGUGAGCUUGGGGACAAGGGAGAGGCAUUGUUUUUGUCGCGUAGGAGAUUUAAUGGCAGUGGUUGAGUAAAACUGGUUGCACACUAAGAUAACUAUUGGAGUCUUGAGUCUUGACAUAUUUGGGUCUCCUGACAAAAUAGCGGAAAAUGAAUUUACAUACCUUGUCUCUGUAAUGCAAUUCGGCAAGUACAUUUUGAAUCAAGCUAGUCAAUGCAAUAUUUUCUCAUAUAAGACCAGCGUUCAAUUUUUAUUUUACUAUGAAAUAAAUGCUAUCAAUAUGGCAUUAAAUGCCUGAACGCCUUCUUUAAGGAAGGCAUUGUUAGCUCUGUGUUUAAAAAAUAUCAUUUUAGCGUGCGGAGUCUGUGGUACAUGCUUGUAAUGCCCUUUCAAGAUAAAAAUCUUCUGGCAUAGGGUAAGCAUGAAAUAAGAUUUUCUUUUUGCCUUUAUAGUUC